GUCCAGUAGAUAGACGGACGUCAAUAAGCUGGAUUAUUUUGCGCGAUUUUUGUCUUCAAUUGCGUCCUACUUAGGACAUGCGCGGUGGACUGUAUAAAUUGAUGAUGGUACCUCGUUCCUCAUUCAGUAUAUAGACGCUUCCGAGGCUUACACCCGACAAUACAACAAAAUGGAUUUUACUAUGAAUUCCUCGUCGUGGGCUGAAGCAGUUUCAAGGGUCGGUAUCCUGAAUAGCACGAAUGAUUCACUGAAAAUGGACGCAUUUGUCAACACUCUGCCGUCUGAACUUUUGCCGUCCCUGAUAUACGUCUGCUGCCUCCUUAUCACCGGUAUCAUCGGGAAUGCCCUGGCCUGCAGCGUCUACCACAAGAAGUGGAGGAAAAAACGCAAAGUGUCCACACUCUUCAUUCUCACCCUGGCUUGGACUGACUUUUUAAACUGUUUAGCCACUAUGCCUUUUGAGAUAGCGUUGUUAGUUAACUUUACAUCGUUUGACUACCCCGUGCUCUGCAAAGUAUCUCGCUGGCUGACCUAUUUGUUGAAUUGUUUCUCCACCAUGACUCUCUUAGGUAUCGCAUUGGAUAGACUAUUUGGCAUAAGGUACACUUUUAAAAAGGCGCUAUUUGGAGUAACACGCUGCAAAAUCUACCUUGGAUUUUCUUUUUUGGUUGCACUUAUAACCACGUGGCCAGCUUUGGUUCUUUUUGGAACAUUUACAGAGUCUCACACCAAGACUUGUCUUAUAGACGAUGAUUAUGUUUCUAACCAAAAGACAAUUAAGCCUUUUUGGCAUGGAAUUUACCUGAUUUUGUCUAUCUUUGUCGUAGACAGCAUUUUCAUUAUCAUCUACUGUAUGAUUGGAUGCUCAAUCUAUCAAAGGCGCAUCAGCCCCUCCAGUUUUCGAAGAGACAGUAGAAUCUCGUCGUCUUUCUCGCCAAAAAGAUGGUCCGUGGACUCGUACUCUUGCAAUUCAAAAAAGAACAAUUUUAAUCGUCAGAGCUGCAGGUCAGACGUUGAUGAAAACCUUGAAGAUGAUGUUUUCGCGGAUAUUCCUAGAAAUCCGCAAAUCCAAAAGCUAUAUUCGUUUAAAACUGAUUCCCGCUACAAUGGUCGGUUCUCGCCAAAACAAGCCUCGCCGACAAAGCCACGACAAUUUUUCAAUUCACCGUCGCGACAGAACAUGUUUAGGGCGUAUUCCUUUAGAAGUUCAUCGUCCAGUAAUUUUUCCGGACGGAAUAGGCGAUUUGAGUCGUUGUCAAAUGAUAGCAUGAGAUUCGGUCCGCGGUCAGGGACCAGGAAGACGCUACUGAUGCUGUGCAUGGUGACCGCUGUGUACAUACUGACAUUCCUGCCGUAUUGUGUUCUUGUCAUUCUGAGAUAUACAUCCCCGGGGUUGUAUUCGAGGCUGAAUACGAUAGAGAAAAACGUCUACCAGCUUUUUAUCAGGUCCUACAUGCUUAGCAUGUCUACGAAUUCUAUUAUCUAUAGCUUUAUGAAUAAUCAAUUUAGGCGAGAAUGUUACUUAGUGAUAAAAUCUAUGAUGUACAUUUUUCGUCAAAAUCAUGACUGAAACCAAAUAAUGUCAAACAGUAUUUCGAGUUUACAAUAGGAGCUGUAUAGAAUAAUGAAGGAGAAUCUUACUCAAUGAAAACUGUAUACUGUAGAUUCCUAAAGAUACAGAAAAAAUUGAUAUCGCGUAAUUUCAAGAGAGGCAUUGCUCGCGAAAUGAAAUAACUCGCUUUUAAUUUUCUGUUGCAAAAAGACAUGCAAGAAGUAUUGAUUAACUGGCGAAGCGCGAAUUCAUGUUCACGUGAUUUGACUAUACGAGCGCCAUAUCAGGAACUCGCGUAAAAUAAGGAAUCUACAAAGUCAGUGGAGCACAAUACAAAUGGAAAAUAUCUAAUGUUGUAAUAUUUGACAUGCGAUAUGCUAAUAAAGAAUGUACUGUGAA